AUGACGCUUCUUAAGAGGAUAUGUUGUGCGCUUGCAACGAAUACGCGGAAAUAUUGUUCUGUAGAAAAUAAAAAGCCACCGAAAAUUUUAAUUACCGGUGGCCUAGGUCAACUUGGAGUGGAAUGUGCAAAGUAUUUACGAGGAAAAUAUGGACGAGAAAACGUUAUAUUAUCUGACAUUAUCAAACCAACAACAGAAGUUAUUAAAGAUGGACCAUAUAUUUUCAUUGAUAUUUUGGACUUCAAAGGUCUCCAGAAAAUUGUCGUGGAUCAUAGAGUUGACUGGCUGAUACAUUUUUCGGCUCUACUUAGUGCUAUUGGUGAACAAAAUGUAUCUUUAGCUGUCAGAGUGAAUAUAGAAGGUAUGCAUAACGUAAUAGAACUCGCGAAGCAGUACAAGCUUCGAGUUUUCGUACCAAGUACCAUCGGGGCAUUUGGACCGGACUCACCUAGAAAUCCAACUCCUAAUGUCACAGUGCAAAGACCUAGGACUAUUUAUGGUGUAUCUAAAGUGCAUGCGGAGUUGUUAGGAGAAUAUUAUUACCAUAAGUUUGGACUGGACUUCCGUUGCCUGAGGUUCCCAGGAGUAAUUUCCAGCGAUCCACCAGGUGGAGGCACUACAGACUAUGCGAUAGCAAUUUUCCAUGAAGUUCUAAGAAAAGGCCACUACGAAUGCUACUUAAAACCUGACACGAGGCUACCAAUGAUGCACGUACGUGACGCAUUGCGUGCUCUUUCAAACUUUUUGGAAACUCCAAAUGAAAUGUUACGAAGAAGAGUAUACAAUGUCACAUCUAUGAGUUUUACUCCUGAAGAGCUUGCUGAUCAAAUGUUUAAGCAUAUACCUGAUUUUUCAAUUACUUACAAACCGGAUAGUCGACAAGAAAUAGCCGAUUCCUGGCCACAAGUGUUCGACGACAGUGAAGCAAGAAGGGACUGGAAUUGGAAACCAGAAGUAGAAUUGGACGAUUUAGUAACGCUUAUGAUUAAAGAAGUUAAGGAAAAGAUUAAGGCGAAUGGUUAU